AUGCCUUCUGCCGGAGCAGGGUUACCAUCUACAAGUUCCACGCCUAACAUGGAGGAACCAGCCGACAUGACGACUGUGGUUUCAACAACGACUAUUUCUGAAUCAGAGUCCACUACCAGUCUAGUGGUCCAGGCAUCACCCGUUUCCUCUGAUCCUCCAACAUCAGCUCAUAGGCUUGUGAUCCUGGGGACUGUGAUCGGCAUCAUUGUUUUGGUAUCCUUACUCCUAAUCCUCGUGGUUUUCCUCCUCCGACGGCGGAAAACGCAGGAGAAGAAUACCGAUAGGGAAUCGCAGAUUCUAGAGCCAUACUGUCAGGACAAGGUUUCUUGUGUUACGCCGUGUCAAGGGUCUCCUGUGAGUCAGGACCAGGGGGAAGUGGUCUGUGAUAGGGCGAGACUUGAGGAGUUGGAGUCGACUGUUCAGCUUCUCUUGAACCGGCAGAGACAGUCAGCAGUAGUGUCGGAAAUGGAACAUGAUCCUCCGCCUGAUUAUGCGUCAACGAGGCCAAGUCUUAGCGUUGAUAGGACUGGCCGUAGGAUCUCUACGAAUUCCGGUUGA